AUGUCUGUCGAACCCAACCACGUCCAGGAGGUGGAGAACUCCUGGAACAAGGUCGCGGCGCUGGGCGUCGAGAACGUGGGCGUGCUCCUGUUCAAGAACAUCUUCACCAUCGCCCCGGAGGCGCUCGAGCUCUUCUCUUUCCGGAACGAGCCCAACCUGUACGACUCCCUUACGCUCAAGGCGCACGGCGUGAACGUGGUGAACACCGUCGGCAAGGCUGUCGCGGGCCUGCGGGAGUUCUACACCCUGGUCCCCGCGCUCGCGGCGCUCGGGGAGAGACACGUCGAGUACGGCAUCUUGGAGCCCCACUACGACGUCGUCGGGAAGGCACUGCUCAUGACUCUGGAGCAGGGGCUCGGCGAUGCCUUCACGCCCCAGGUGAAGGAGGCGUGGACGAUCGUGUACGAGGCAGUGGCCGUCACCAUGAAGGGGGACAACUACAAGAAGUAA